AGGUACGAAAUGCACGCGCUUGCAGAACACACUUCACGCGCAUGCUUAGCUGCCAAGCUACGCUUUUAGUAUUAAAGAAAUUAAAGGAAAAAGACUUAGAAACCAGAGUCAACUCUGCUCAAAGUAUUUUGCCUGGAAACCCAAUUCAAAGGCAACGGAAAAUUAGGGUUUUACUGUUAACAGAAACCGUACCAAAAUUCUUUAUUUAUUUUUCUUUUCAAUUUUCCUCAGUUACGGCAAAAUUGCCGCACAUGGAUUCAACUUGUGCAGCUAGCAUGUGUUUACCAGAGCAGCCGCAUUCAUCUAUGCGCAAGUGGUACUUCAGCCGAGAAGAAAUUGAGAACCAUUCUCCAUCUAGGAAGGACGGAAUCGACCUUGGAAGAGAGGAGCAGUUGCGGAAGUCGUAUUGUUCUUUUCUUCAAGAGCUUGGAAUGAAGCUUAAAGUGCCUCAAGUAGCAAUAGCAUGUGCAAUGAUGCUGUGUCACCGAUUUUACAUGCGCCAAUCCCAUGCAAAGAAUGAUUGGCAGACCAUUGCAACUGUAAGCACAUUUCUUGCAUGCAAAAUAGAGGAAACACCACGCUUGCUGCGGGAUGUAAUUGUUGUGGGCUAUGAAAUUAUCUAUAAACGGGAUCCUUCUGCUCCAGGAAGAAUCAGACAAAGAGAAGUUUAUGAUAAGCAGAAGGAAUUGAUCUUGACUGGGGAGAGGCUUUUGUUGGCAACGAUUGCUUUCGAUCUUGAUAUCGAACUCCCUUACAAGCCCCUUGUUGCAGCUGUGAAGAGAUUGGAAAUUUUUCCGAACCUCUUAAAAGUGGCAUGGAAUUUUGUGAAUGAUUGGCUUCGUACAACCUUGUGCUUGCAAUACAAACCCCAUUACAUUGCAGCUGGUUCCAUGUGUCUUGCUGCUAAAUUUCAAAAAGUUAAGCUUCCAAUGGAGAAGGGAAAAGUAUGGUGGUUGGAAUUCGAUAUUUCACCUAAACAGUUACAAGAGGUCACUCAGCAGAUGGUCAGGUUGUUAGAGCAAGACAAAAGACGAGCUUUAUCGUCAAGACAUGAGAGGGCCAGUCAAUCUGCUUCUUUAGCUGGGAACGCAAUGACGCAAUCAUGCACCUUGAGUGCAUCAGUUGGUACUCAGUCUGGUGCUGGAGCUGAGAGUAGUAAAGUUAGCAAAUCAAUGGACAAUUGUGCCAGCCAAGAUUGUGUGAAAGAAGUUUUCCCACAUCGAACAAGUGAUGAUGGCGCAAGUGGUGUUGUUGAGGAUGGCAGUGGUACGGGUCAGCCAAGAACAGAGGAAUCUGACCAGAACCAAAGUUUGAAGAUUGUUUCAUCCGUUGCCUGUGACAACAAGCAAGCAAGUGCAAAAGAAAGUUUACCAAGUCAAACCAGUGAUAGUGGUGCAAGUACUGUUGUCGACAAUGCUGAAGGCGAUUGUGAGCUAAGAACAGAGGAAUCUCAUCAUCUAAACCCAAGUAUUAAGAUUGUAUCAAUUUGUAAUACUUUCAGUAAGAGCGACGCCGACCGGAUUCGAGAGAUCUUUAAGAGGAGGAGAUGCGAUAGGGCUGCAAAUUUGAAGCGAACGAAAGUUAGAGAUGACGAGGUAGACAGUGAAGCCUGGAUAGAGAGAGAACUGGAGAUGGGAAUAGAACUGGAAUCUGCCACUUCCCGGAAGCGAGGGAGGGUGCACUGAGGUUUUAAAGUUGGGAGAAGUAGUUCGUUGAUACCCUCUAACCACAUAUCUUCUUUCUACUUAGUGCAUCAAAGCGACCCUUCCAUGGUCUCAUUUAUGGCAUUUCAAGAAAGACUGAAUUCUAUUUCUCUCUUAGAACAACUAUAAUUAUUGCCUUGUUGUAGACUGUAUACAAGUGUAGAAUAAUUGUAACAUUUUUUUUCGAGAGAUAUUUUAUUUGUAUUUUGGAUCAUUCAUGCAAGAAUCACAUCCAUUCUUUUC